GAUCUUACCCGGGGUCCUGUGACACCGGGUGUGUCUACAUGAGUCCGCCCCUCUCGGGCUGCGCACCCAGGCCGCCCCGGUGACGGCGCGAUUCGUACCCACCCAGGCCGCCGCCACCGCUAGGCCGAGCCCUUCCUGGAGGUCCGCCGGCGCCGGUGCCGGCGCCGUCUCCGAUCUUUCUUCCUGGAGGAACCCCUCACUGAAUCCUCGCCCCGUUGCUGCUCUCAGGCUUGGUUGAUUGAUCCUCCUGCAGCGCAAUGCAUCUCCGUUUGCUCAAGGCCAAAGCGCUGCUACUCAGGGAUAACAUCCGUGGAUGUACAACUCUCAGUACGGCGCUGCCAAAAGUUGUCACAGUUGGAAUUGACUUUGGAUGCAAGAAUUCAAGAGUUGCGAUCAUAGAUUCCUUGGUACCGGAGGUUAUCGACAGUGAAGGUGGGCAUUCCACUCCAUCGUAUGUUACUUCAAUAGAGCCAGAAACUAGUGAACGGUAUGCAUGGGCCCUGCAGCGUUUGGAAGGUCUUGGCAAAUGUGUCGCAGUUGGAGAACUCGCAAAGCGCAGGAUGUCUAGACAACCAUCCGAUGUUGUCUUGAAUAUAAAAAAGUUGAUUGGGAAACAAUUUGAUGACUGCUGGGUGCAAGGAAUGAGGAAAAGAGUCCAUUUUAGCAUCGUUGAAGGGGGGAGAGGAGAAGCUUGCGUCCAAAUCCAUGGAGUGAGAUUUUCUCCUGUUGAAAUUGCCAGUGUUAUUUUUGCAAAGCUCAAGGAUGUCGUCCUGAUGUACCAAUUUCAUCACGAAUUAAAAGCGGUGAUAAGUGUGCCCAUUUUCUUCAGUGAACAGCAAAGGGAGGCCAUAUUGUUGGCGGCAAACAAAGCGGGCUUAACGGUAUUGCAGUUAAUAGAUGAACCAACGGCGGCCGCUCUUUCUAGAGCAACAAUUAAAGAAGGUACCAUUGUUGUUUUCGACAUGGGUGCUGGAUCAUACACAGUCUCCGUACUUGGUGUGUCUGGCACAAACAUUGAGGUCAAAAGUCAAUCUGCUGACCCCAUUGUUGGUGGGGAUCAAUUCGACGAUAUAGUUCUGUACUACUUUAUUACGCAGAUCAGAAAUUUUCAUCAGGUCGACAUUCGUUCAGAUAAAUAUGCUAUGAUGUUACUUGCUGAAGCAGCGGAGCAAGCUAAAGUGGAAUUAUCAACCCAACACGAAGUCACAAUUUCCGUGUCAUGAUGAUGCUAGCGUCUCUAUUUCUCGGGCAGAGUUCGAGAGGUUGGUUCACAACAUGGUAGAACAAAUUCAAUACAAGUGUUGUGUGGUCCUAAAAGAGGCUAACAUCACUGACAAGCGUAUCAAUGAAAUUGUAUUGACUGGGGGGAUGACAAGAGUUCCCAUGAUACGGAGAAUCAUAUAUGACAUAUUUGGCAAGAAUCAGGGUACAAGCGUGAACCAUGAUGAAGCCGUGGUUAUCGGUUCAGCAAUACAAGCUGCUCUCAUUGUGGAAGAUCAGCGUGAGAUGAGAGAAGACAUGAUUCCACUCUCUAUUGGUGUUGAGUCAGAAGGAGUUUUCAUGCGGGUUAUUCCAAGGCAUACCACAAUUCCUACUAAACGGACGGUUAAAAUUCCUUCAUGGUGUGCAUAUGGUGAAAGUCUGCAUCUCAAAGUUUUCCUUGGGGAGCAUGUCAUGGUUAGCCAUAACACAUUCCUAGGAGAGGUAGAGCUAGUCAACAAUCGAUGGUCGGGUCAAGGAUCAGUUCAUUUUGAGCUGACUUUUGAAGUUGACACAGACUACAUGGUCAAAGUAACUGGCAGAAACCCUGGUGACGCCGACGGCGCGAGGAAAGCAACAUUCAAGGUCUUCAAUGUACGCGAGAUCGUUAUGUCUAAGGGCAAAGUCGGCGAGUCCGUUAGGAACGCCUUGCUUGGCUGGUCAAUGCAAGGCAUAGAGAUCCAUGCUCGUCUGGUAAACAUGGGAAAGCAUAUAGCGAAUACCCUCCGCGACGUCUUGUCGGCGAGAAAAGAUGAGGUCCCAAAGAACAUCUAUGAUGAUGCGGCAAAGGCCCUGGCUGAUUUGCUGACGGUGUUGCAUGCGGGCAGCAAAGACGCUGCGCACAUCCAUGUGCUGAAAGAUAAGAUGCUCGCUGCUGCGGCAGAGGAAGAGAAGCUGAUGACGGAUUGGAACCCACCGUCAACGUCUCGUCAUAGAGGUUCUUAUUCAGAUUAUUCAGACUAUGAAGAUGAGGAAGAGAGUGCAUAGCCCAUGUUCGGACAAGUAACCAGUUAAGCGCCAGACUAGGGCGUUCGCAUGUAUAUAUACAUUCAUUUACAUAGGAGAAAAAGUUUCCAGGACCACAUAGGUUUUUCUGCUAGAUGUGUAGCAAUGUGAGAUACUUUUUUUACUUAAUUUGCA